AUGUUCGCCGAAGACUAUAUCCAGCGCUGGCUAUUCCUCUCGUCUAGUGGCCUCUCCCGCGCCGGCCUUAUCGUUCUGCUCUUCAGCAUUCUCAAUACACUUGCGUCCCUCUACGGGACCCUCCUCUGGGCAUUAGAUUCUCCAGGAUAUAUUUUCAGGGGGUUCAAUGUCACGGUCGCUGAAUAUGAAAGUUUGCGUAACAAGGAUCCUCCUUACAUUAUUCAGCUGCGUCUUAAUCCUAGUAACUUACAAACAACGGAGGAAACACUUGCACAGAUUGUGGGAUCUGAUAUUUUUAGGCCAGGUCUCAAUUACACUUUGACCGGCCAAGUUGAAAGGGGUACUCCCGAAAUCACGGCAGCGACACGGCAAGAUGACGUCGGUGCGCGAAUCUGGCUUGACAGCGACGGAUUCUCCGUUUCGCCAGACAGCUACGCCAUGUUACCCUAUUCCGCCGUCGUUGAUGGCCAACGGUUCCCUACCUCAUGCAUAUACUUUGGCGGAGGGUCUGCUGCCUGGAACUGCACGUUUAAUAACACGUUCUCGCAAGCGAUAGUGGGAGCCGUUGUUGGGAUACCCGAGGUACACUGGGACGACGAGUCGGACCUGAAGCUGGAUUCGAGAUACAUCAAACCAAACAGGGUGAACAACAUCUGGGCUUCCUUCGGGGCGGGUGGUGGGUCUGCAGCCAUGAUGCAGGUCUUUACUGUGACGAAGGGUAUGAGACGCCAUACAUUUGUUGAGUCUGUACUCCGUGUCACCAUGUUGACGAACCCGGGCGUUCCAUUUUCUGCGCGGGAGGUUGAAGAUCUGGUACGACGGACGUGGAGCGCGAACGAAACUGAGAGGAACAGCCCACUGCUUGGCCAGAUUGUCGACGACAUGAUAGGCGCACAAUAUCAAAACCUCAGCUACCAGUUUGGAGUUAACGUGGCUGAUAAUGGAAACCUCUCAGUGCUUCAGUCUAGCUGGGGUUACUUUACUGUCGAAAACAACAAUGGCGGGGAUGACAUAUUUUCCCUGAUCAGCCUCACUGCGACCAACAUCACCUUGAUACGAUCCGAGACCGUCGAUAAGCCACCAACACCGUUUGAGGAAUGCGAUCAGGGAUCAUUUCAGAACGAGGCAUUUGGUGGAAGGAUCACCCAGACUGAUUGCGCCGGAUCUACCCUCGACAAUGAUAGCAACGUGUUCUUUGGCCAGGUAGACACUGCUGCUGUUCUGAUUGCAUACGGGCUUGGCGAUGGCCGUUCGAACAUCAGCUCAGAGUCCCUCGAUAACAACGUUUUUUCCUGGACUCAGAACAUGUCGGCCACGAUGGAAGAGCUGCUUGUCGCGAGAGGCUAUGCAGUCAGCGUCGAUCCAGCCCUGGUCACAAUCAGCGUUGACAAGUUGAUCGUGGCCAUAUCUGGUCUACAGCUGCUUCUAAGCAUAUUCGCUGUGGUCUUCGCAGGCACCGGAUGGCUUGCGCUGGCUUUCUUUGCAGAUGCACACUGGUCAAACACGUUGUUGGCAAACUUAAUACAUACUACGUCCAAGAAGGAUGAAAAGGAGUCAAAACCAGGGUAUCUGCGCAAUGCUCCUAAGGUUGCACUUUUAGCAGAUGGGAAUGGUACUUUUAUUGCAGUCUCCGGAAAGGCCGUUGCCCUUCAAGACCAACUUUUGGUUCCCAUGGAUUCUUUGGAGGACGACUCACGAGGACACGGUAGGCAAAAGCAGGGUUUUGGAACGGACGUCUAUCGGCUAACCGACAAGGAGGAACCAACAGGCAGAGAAUGCCUGAUGUUGAACUAUAAUGAGGGGGGCUGA